CAAAAUAGAAAUACAGACUAUAUACAAUAUAUAACAAAUAUCUUGGAUGGUAUUAUGUACAAUCUCUGUCACGCCUCUUUUAUCCUUGUCCUGCUCGUUUCAUUUUCUAUAUUAUAUACUAUACCUUUUCUCAAAAAUUAUAUCGUCCUCAUUUUAACUCUUCCAAGAAAAGAAAAAAAACAAUACUAAUUCAUUUCAUAUAUCUUGUCGCAAUCAUAUGACAUUAGUUAUAUGCAUAAUUAUCCAUGUUUUCAAUAAAUGGAGCCAUAUAUACUUAGUGGAAAGACUUUCCUGAGAGAGCAUGGCGGAGGAAUCGUACGACGAAGAGUGCGACUACCUAUUCAAGGCGGUGCUGAUAGGAGACUCCGCCGUCGGAAAAUCAAACCUCCUUUCGAGGUUCUCGAGAGAUGAGUUUCGGUUAGACUCUAAACCGACCAUCGGAGUAGACUUUGCUUACCGGAAUGUUCGCGUGGGCGAUAAGACUAUAAAGGCUCAGAUAUGGGACACCGCCGGCCAAGAAAGAUUUAGAGCAAUAACGAGUUCGUAUUACCGUGGAGCCUUGGGAGCUUUACUAAUCUACGACAUCACAAGACGAAUCACUUUCAAAAACAUUGAGAAAUGGUUGUCGGAGCUCAGAGGCUUCUCCAGUCCCGAGACUGUCGUUGUUCUCGUCGGUAACAAAUCCGAUCUCGGGCAGUCUAGAGAAGUUGAAGAAGAAGAGGGUAAGACUCUAGCAGAAUCAGAAGGUCUCUAUUUUCUCGAAACAUCGGCUUUAGAGAACCAAAACGUUGAAGAAGCGUUUCUAAGCAUGAUCGGACGGAUACAUGAGGUUUUGACUCAGAAAAUCGUUUUAGACAAUAGACUCAACGGUGACGGUAACAACGAAAGUAACGGUGCUGUCGUUCCGCCCGGUAAAGAGAUUGUGAAUAUUCAUGAAGUUACCGCCACUCGACCGUUGAGUACUUCUUUGUCCAAUUGUUGCUACAAGUAA